CCGCGCGUACCGCUUUUACCUAGUGUGUUUUCGUCACCAAUUCGGGGUCGCGGGGCUGACAACAUGACGUGCUUUAAGCUCCUGGUGGUCGGAGUCCUAAUGGCGGUGACGCUAACGGCAGCUACACCGAAAAAGCAUUACAAACGUGAUGCUCCGGUGAGUUCAUCAUACUUACCACCAAAACCUUCUUCCUCGUACGGAGCCCCUCGGCCAUCGAACAGCUACGGACCACCCAAGCAGUCCUAUGGCCCGCCGAAACAAUCGUACGGCCCACCUAAGCCGUCGUACGGGCCGCCAAAACCGUCGUAUGGCCCGCCUAAACCAUCGUAUGGCCCGCCUAAGCCGUCGAGCAGCUACGGAGCACCAGCACCCUCGUCCAGCUACGGAGCACCAGCUCCCUCGUCCAGCUACGGUGCACCUGCGCCGUCCUCCAGCUACGGAGCCCCCCCGUCCUCGAGCUACGGUGCUCCUGCCCGACCGCCGGCGACCAGCUACGGCGUCCCCACCGGCCCGUCUACCACCUACGGCGCCCCGUCCAGCUCGUACGGCACGCCAUCGUUCGGGGGCUCCUCCUCCGGAUCCUUCAGCAGCUCGUUCGGCUCCGGCUCUUUCGGCGGGAGCGGCGGAGGCAUCUCGUCGUCCUACGGCGCCCCAUCCAAGCCCUCCGGCUCCUACGGCGCUCCCGCACCGUCUGACUCGUAUGGCGCUCCAGCACCUUCCUCGUCGUACGGAGCUCCAUCCGGGGGCGGAAGCUUCGGAGGUAGUCACGGGAGCAGCGGCUUCGGAAGCUCAGGAUUCGGCGGCAGCAGUUUCGGAGGCAGCGGAUUCGGCGGUAGCGGCCCAUCGUCAUCCUACGGCGCCCCGGCUCCCUCGAGCAGCUACGGAGCUCCCUCAAGCUCGUACGGAGCCCCGGCCGCCCCACCCUCCACCAGCUACGGCACCCCUAGCUUCUCGAGCGGUGGCGGAUCCGGCGGCUACUCCUCCGGCGGCUCAGGUGGCUACUCGAGCGGUGGCGGACACGGAAGCUCAGGUGGCUACUCAUCUGGCGGUGGUUCGGGCGGUUACUCCUCGGGAGGCUCUGGAGGCUACUCCUCGGGCGGCGGCUACUCGUCUGGUGGACACGGAGGCUCCGGUGGCGGCGGCUACUCAUCCGGUGGAAACGGCGGCUCUGGCGGUGGAUACUCGUCUGGUGGGCACGGCGGCUCCGGCGGUGGAUACUCAUCUGGUGGACACGGCGGCUCCGGCGGUGGAUAUUCGUCUGGUGGACACGGCGGCUCCGGCGGUGGAUACUCGUCUGGCGGACACGGCGGCGGCUCAGGCGGCUACUCCUCGGGCGGCUCCGGUGGCUACUCCAGCGGCGGUGGCUAUUCAAGCGGCGGUGGACACGGCGGCUCCGGCGGCUACUCCAGCGGCGGCGGCGGCGGCGGUCACGGUGGCUCGGGCGGCUACUCCGGCGGCGUGCCGGCCACCAUCAGCCAGAGCUACGACUCCAACGGCGGUUACGUGUACUAGGACGAGGUCGGUUAGUCAAUGAGAUUCUUACAGUAAGGUAUUAUAAAGUCAUCAGUAUUCUUAGCUCGCUCCAAACGUCCCCCAACCGACGAUACGGUUGCCCGUUUGGGCCGACGAGCUCACAGGAAGUGAGAAGACAAGAGAGUUACCAUUACGAGACGCCUACUUAUACGUUAAGAACUUAACUUUAUCUUGACAAGAUGAUGAGCGAGAGGAGAUAAAUAAAAUUACGGACGAAAAUAUCAUUUGUUAACCGAGAACAUACUACAAUUUUAUCUCUAUGUAAAUUCAAAUAGAUGGGUUUAUUUCGACCAUAAGCUUUAACAAAAUGCGACGAGGCCAAGACUGGACGUGACUAGCAUUGUAAUCUCCGCCCGGCGCCCACUGUCGGUCUUAAUUUUUUGCCCAGUAGAGCAGAAAACUGACUCACUCUUGACUUUGUCGCUGUUUCACUAACUUUAGAACUAAAACCGAUUUAAGAAUAUAUAUUAAAAUCUUAUUUUAUGACUAUAGGUAUAAA